CUAAAUCCUACGGCGUAAAGGAGCAGCGAGGUUUUAACGGCGUCACCCAUUGUGAGGCUACUCCCUUCUGUGGUGCGAGGAUGCGUGGCAGCAAACAUCAACAGAAAAGAUGGAUAAUCUCACGUCUACACGCUAGCACGGGUGGGUUUGGUAAGUGUUUGCGGUGCUCGAUCGAGACUGCGACUCGAGUAAUAUGGUUGCCUCUUCUUCCGUUAGACAGCAUCAACAAAAGAAACCACGUCUCCUUGCCAUUACAACCCUCACCUCCUUUGCCAAGACAGAAGAAAGAGAAAUCCAGAAAUGGAGAGCGAAAGCGUCGAGAACAAGAUCAACCAGUGCAGGAAUACUACUAGUAUGGAUACUACUAUCGAGCAUGGAGCCAAGACAGAUACCAUUCGAGAAACCAAAGAGCACCCAGACUGUCACUCAAAGGAGAAUGAGAGGAAUAAUGGAGAGAUCUACGAGGUAUCAAAACCAGAACCUGCAUUAAUCAACGAAGCUUGUGACCUAUCAAUGCAUCCUGUGACUUCUCUUCGUGCUGAGAUGGAUAGAUCAGCCACCUAUUCGCAGCGCAACACAGCAGAGCACACAGAGCCCCACACUGCCACGUAUCCAGAACUUGUACUACCAGAACACAUGGAUACACAAAUGCUUCCCCUGACACGCAACUUUGUGGAAGAAGGAGGACUACCAGGGGCCUUUGCUGUGGAAGGGCCCCAUGCCAGGCUGAGUCGGUCACCCGAGGUCCAAGCCUCAAGUACUCAUGAAGUCGCCCAAACCAAUCAAGUUCACAUUGAUGACGUUCACAUUGAUGACGCCCACUUGGUGGAUGUGGACGCCGAAAACGCCAUGACAGAGCGUGUUGAUCAUGGAAGCAGUGCUGAACUUGUCGAGGGUAGAGUUAUAGGUGGUAGACAACAAGACAAGCGAGGCCACUGGAUUGGGUGGAUUGCCAUCCUUGGCUGUGCUGUCCUUGCAGUGGUGUUGAUACUUGUCUUCCUUCUGGGACAAUCCAGUGGGGAACCCACAGAGAGCACAAUGAAUGCAAAACAUAAUUUCACUCAAGACCAACCCAUCCAUUAUCCACCAUUUCAUGACAAUCUCCCCCAACUGGUUGCCGCAGCCAUCUCAGAGGACUUCGAUAGUCCUUUCUAUUUUGCCAAUCAAUGGGUCAUGAAGGAUCCCGACUUCAGCACCUACUCCACAGAACAAAAUCUACAAAGGUUCUACUUGGCCAUGAUGUACUAUGCUACUAAUGGUAACUCUUGGCUUGAUAAUGAGAACUGGCUCAGUUAUGAAGUUUCGGAAUGUAGUUGGUUCACCAAGAGCAGCUUUACCACCUCAAGCAAGUACUAUGAAGCCAAUGUCUGCGAAAACAGCACAGUGAUCAGCUUGAGCCUGGCAUCAAACAAUUUGACAGGGACGUUCCCAAUUUGGUACACGUACUUCAUUCCCUCAUUGAAGAUCCUUGACCUCGGUUACAAUCCGAUUGCUGGUGCAUUGCCACCGAUCACUUCCACUCCAGAAAUUGAAGUCUUUGUUGUUUCCCAAACUGAAUUGGAAGGGGCUCCCAUCAUGAAUGCGGGGGCCUACUUCGCUGCUCUCAAGGUCUUGAAGAUCAAUGGUAGCAAGGUCCGUGGAAGCAACAGCGGAGCGUUGAAUUAUCUGACUCCAAACCUUGAGGUCAUGAAUAUCACUACCAACCCUACCGGUACCAGUACUGGUGGCAACAUUUUUUCAUCCAUAGGACUCCUGACUCACUUGGAAUAUUUGGGGAAUGGUCACAGAGUUGUUUUGACCGGCACAAUUCCAACUGAGAUUGGUUUAGCCAGGUCCCUGCUUGAAAUCGACUUGUCCAGCAAUCCCAGGCUUGAGGGAAUGAUCCCGUCUGAACUUGGUCAACUUGCUCACUUGACGAAGCUAGACCUAAUGGACACACCUGUCACCGGGAAAGUGCCUGUUGAGGUUUGCAAGAGAGUACAAGAAGGCCAACUGGAGCUAUUGGUGGACUGUGGUGCUCUGCUUCAGUGUUGUGCCGACUAAGACCCAGCAUUUGGACUAGAUAGUAUGAUGGUGCGGCAUGCAGUCAUUGUGCCGCAGCUGCUAUGGCUUUCAUAUGGACUGAUAUCAAGGCCACACUAAGUGAGAACCUUGUUACUAACAGUUGUAUGCGAUAUUUCGAGGACCAGAACAGAAAUACUGCACUGAAACAGCUAAUUUGGACACACUGGGAUGCUUGCUCUUGUAAAAACGCAACACCCAAAGAUUCUUUGCCUUUGGGCUGAUACCAGUAGCAGGUGGCUGGAAUUACGUGUUCGCUCCUGCUGCUGCGGAGCACUGGUGGAGGACUGCAUGACCACCACCUGUGAGGUGAGCCAGAGGCGUAGUUUUCUGAGUAGCUUUUGACAUCCUUAGAACUGGCUCCCCAAACCAGUUGUAUCAGACUGUGCUGUGGAAUACCAGUACGGAGCGAACGGUGACGCCACCUGUGCCUCGGCCGGAUAAUAUUAUGGCCUAGCUAGUCCUCCAGGAAACCUUCUCUGCUGAAGCCUUCCUGUAUCGCAAACUACUUGCUCGGAGAUUGCCGAUGUCAGGUGAGCCAUACCGGUGGUGGAACAAAUCAAUCUGCGGUGUUCAUAGCAUCCGGGCAGGGCGGCUGUACUAGCUAGCUACGAGGCUGUGGUAUUUAAAAUAUUACGGGUAUUCUAUUUUAAUAGACC